AUGGACAGCAGAUCACCACCAAAUCUCCUGUACUUGACAGUAUACAAUCCGACACUGCGACCAGCCGAUACCACGCUUACAGAUGAUGAAGAUGCGGAGGAACAGGCGCAUAUUCUGUUCUACACAUCGAAGGAACGGGCUGUCUCUCGCGACAGGAUGCUCAGACAAGUCGGAUUAGCCAAAGCCUUGGUGAAUUUCUCAGAUAUGUUCAACCCAGACGAUCUCUGCAACAAUAUCCAUUCCCAAGGCAGGCGGAUAGUCAUGGUGUCUCCCGAGCCCGAUUUUUGGAUAACCGCAUGCGUUGAGCUGGCAAAGACGUUUCGCACGCCCACCAUUGAACGGAACAAAGGCAAGCAGAAAUCCAAGACGGGUACCAUCAGCAAGGACGUGGCUCUUGUCUGCAAUUACCAAGACUUCUCUGUUGAUGAUAUAUCUCUGAGAGCGGAUAUUCGUCGUGGAUAUGAGCAAUUCAAACUUGUACAUGGUUCAUUGACGAGCAUCCUUUCAACACUGGGACAGCAAGCAUUAGAGCUACAACUAGAAAGAUUCUUCACCCCUUGGGCAUGGUCAUGGGAUUUGGAAUGCGACCGUGGAUUCGGAGACCACCUUGUCGUAGGCAUACCACUGCAUCCUCAAUACCGUACCAUUGUACCCCUCUUAGACGAAUUCGCGUCGCAGAUACCCGCUACAGCCUCGUCAAUAAUAGUUACCCCCUCGCAUGUGAUACCAUCGACGUCUUUUAUCAAAGCUCGUUAUCCCUCCCCUUUCCCAGCGCAUCUAAUGUCCCUAAUACCUCCUCCACCCCCACCGUCACCGCAGGCCCCACCAGGUUCCCCUGUAAAGAAGCGGCCGCCUGACCCUGAAGCAGACAUCCAGCCAUCCUCAUUCCUCGGCAUGCCCACGAUGAACCUGAACAUGAAUGUGGAUGUUCGAAAGUGGGGAUGGCCCGGGUAUCUCACGUUCAAAGGAUCUGCAAAGCGACUUGAGGUACCAAUGGCAGAGGUGAAGCCCCGUACGUCUAGGGAUGAAGGGGAGAUUGAGAGUGUUGACGUCGACAAGAGCGCUUUGGACGAUGCUAUCAAGUCAGAUGUGAUUUCUGUCCCCAGUACAAAGCCGACGAAUGGCAACGCAGAGAAUCCUUGUCAUGGUAACGAAAGCGUUAAUUCAGAGACUCGCGCUGGGUCAUCUCAGAGCUCAUCGCUAGGAUCGUCAAAUGCGUCAUUAUCUAUCAAUGAAAAAGCUGCUUCACAGGGCUCACAUGGUGAUCAUGUUGAAAGUUCUGCUUCGUCUCACGGUGAUGAUUCGGCCUCGUCAAAGAAGGGGUGCAACUCUUCACCAAGCCUUGUGCCUCCGCCAGAGCUCUCUAGUAUUACGGUAUAUCUCUCGGACCCUCCUGAUGGUCUCGAUACAAGACGGAGCAAAGUAGUAUACAUGGCACAACAUCCUGUUCUUGUUGCACUGGUUGGGCUUAAAGACGUUGACUACGAUCUGAGUCUUGCUGGAAAGGUCCGUACUUUAUGCAUGGACGUACAGAAGGUCCUCGACGACGAUGCAUUAACGAGUAGCACGGAGACGUUACCGUCGGCCACCAAGAUCCUGCAGCCAAAGGAUCGACACCUUGUUUCCAGGGCUAAAUUCACGUUGUCCAACGACAAGUUCGCGGCCAAGUCGGAGCAGUUCUAUAUCGCGCAACAUCUGCUGGAAAGCGACCUCGACGUCCGAGAAGUCUUCUCCAGAGGCGUGAAUCCGCAACACUGGCAUAUCGUUCAACGUGCGCUGAAUCGAGAUACAGAUGGAGAUGUUUACCUUGAGAUAUCGAGGAAGGAAACGAGUUUGUCUGACGUGGACAAUGUUCUAGCUGGGGUUGUUCGGAGGUAUUCUUCUGUAGAUGCUUUUCCGUCAUAG